UUAUUAUGAUUCAUAUACUCUAGCUCUAGGGUCUAAUUUUCCAUAUCAAACUACAUGUACGUGCAUUAUGCUUCUUUUGCAUUUUACAAUAUACAUUGUAUCUUUUCAAUUUUACAAGUACCAAAAAAGACGUAUUUAAUGAUAUUAUCAUGUUGCAUUAUUUUGUUCUUACAUGCAUUUUGAUAUUUAUACACGAGUGAUAAAAAAGCCCAAAAUUCAGUUCGGGGAUAUAUCCAUAAUGUCUAUUGAUAGCAAUUUAUGCACACAGUCCUGUUUAAUUUUUAAUUGAUUUAGGAAAGUUUAAUGGCAGAGCGGAUAAAAUGAUGACGUGCAGCGUGUAUGGCCUACACUUAAAAGCGUGCUAGUUCGACCAAUGAUAUAGGAAUAAAGUUUGGAUUAAGAAAACACAUUUGGAGUUUAUCAGUGGGUAUGUCUUUUCGUAAUAUUCUUGGUCAUGUUAUAUUCCUUUCAACUGAUCCACUCUGAGACAUCGUCAACAAAACAGCAACAUCAGCUAGCAACAUCGCAACGAAAAGGAAGGAGGUGCGAGUUGAUGGAAAAAGAAUCGUCGCAAAACUACUCCCAAUUUAUGCGCCAAGAUCUAGCGCCGAAUAAGUAUGUCAUCUACACGUGUACUGGGGCGUCGCGAGGCAGCCGAUGCGGUGGAUGGAGCGAUCGAAUGAAGACCAUAGUCUCUUCAUACAUUCUGUCUUUAAUUACGAAACGUCAAUUCAGAAUCAUGGAUAAUUAUCCUUGCAAUUUCAACAAAUCUUUUGCUGAAAACCUCGUCACUUGGAAAUUGAAGCAAUCUGAACUGAAAGAUCUAACUUCACAAAAUUUUUACGCAAGUUCGGGAGUGAAAAUUGCCAGGAACCAUUUUCGAAGCGGCAAUUUUGAAUCGGUUCACAAAGCGGAAGUAGUUUAUUUUCGUGGAAACUGGGAUUUUAUCAAUGAGUUUUCUGAGAGACCACGCGUUGGUGAGAUGUUGCCAUGGCUUCUACAGACACCAAGACCAGACAUCUACAGGUCAAUAUUGCGUAUGUUACUGCGUCAUACGGAUUCGGUCAAAAGUAGCAUUGAGGAUUUUUUCACUAUAAAGGUACAAAACAAGAAGUUGGUUUGUGCGCAUGUGCGUCAGGGAAGGAGCAAGACUCUACCCACAGAUGAUUCUACCGAUAUCAAAGAGAAAGAUGUUCAACUGAUCUUUGACUUUUUGUCCAAAUACAAAACUUCAAACCACAAACUAUUUAUAGCAACGGAUUCUGCAGAUGUAAAGAAUUUAGCGCGCCAAAAGUUUCAAGAUUUUCUUCUAGAGGUACCGGGGCCCAUCACUCAUAUGGAUAUUUCAAGGAGUGGUGAUCUUUGCAACGGUCAGCAAAAGGCUUUUAUCGAGCAUGAAAUCUUAACGCGGUGUGACACUCUGCUGUUAACCAGAAGCGGGUUUGGCAUCAUCGCCGCCUUCCUACGAGAAAAUUCGGAAGAACUCUAUUGUUAUUCUCGUCAUUAUAUUGCGCCAUGUUCUCGUUACACUCUUUCCAAAAUAUAUCCAUGGACAUUGUCACCAUGGGAUGACCUUUGAUCUUUUCCCCAGAAUAUCAAAUCAUAUAUAUAUAUUGAUCAUUAUUUAUGCAGACUCAUUAAUCUAAACUUGUGUAGAAAGUAGGAUAUGUACGUUCGAAGUUUAUUUUUGAUGUUUAUAUCACAGGCACAUGUUUCUGUAAUGAAAAUUUCAACUUUGUAGCAUUGUACCAAGGAAUACACUUUCUAUUGUUAAAGCAAGUGUCGAUAUGGCUAAUAAAGCGAACAAUUUUAUUCUCAAAUGAGCUUACAACGUUUUACACAAAAUGUUUCGUACUGAAUCGGUUCUUGCAUUGAAGUUUGCACCUGAAGUCGCUGGAGAUGGCCAAUUAACGAAGAUGUUAAUUUUGUGAAUAUUCGAAAUUUUAAUUAUAGAAUGUAAAUAGUAGCUUAUUGUUACUUGACAAAUACAUAUACAUGUAUGUAAAAAAGGCGGAAUAAUCCUGUACACUUAUUAAUCAAAUUUCAUCAUAAAGUUCACAAAGCAAAUAAUUA